CACACCCCGUUCCUUAGGCAAAGUGAAAUAAAUUCGCCGCACCGACACGUCAAGUAGUCCCUGCUUUCCCUUCGCUUUUUCUCCCCACCGGCCGCGACUAACUCAGCCUUUCUCCACUCAGUACAGGGGUUGUGGCCUAUGGGGAACCUUGUUGUCCGAGUAUGCGACGUCUGUGAAGCUUUUCACCACUAACCUGUAGGUCCCAUCACACCCCCUCUCACUCCGCUUGCCGGGCCGCUCGGGCCCUUUUCUAUUCUACGUCACAGGGCCUGUGUGCGCGCGUUCCCGACAGCCCUCUCACUUUGCUUAGCGGAUAGGACCCCGCGGGAGCGCGCCUGAUAGUGAGUGAAGGGGGGAGAGUGCAGCGGAAGGAUCUGACUCCCGGUGCGCUGCGGUCGGGGAGGGAGAGAGAGUUCUUUUGGCAUCACUUUCUCUUUAUUUAUUUAUUUGCCCCCCGUCCCCUUAUUACCCUGCCCGGGGCAGCUCAACCUCUGCACCGCACUCUCACAUCCCUCCGGCAGCUCUCUUACUCUUUGGCCUCUGCUUUUUCUCUCAUUCACCCCCUCCUUUUCCUGGAAGGGGCAGUGCUUGUGGUGCAGGGGGGCGACCCCCCAUAUUAUUUACCCCCAGCCUGUUGGGGCAGGGGGGAAGGGAAAGAAGAUGUGGCGGUGACAGCCUGGGCCCCCUCCCCUGAGAGGAGAACAAGAAGAAGAAGAAAAAGGAAAGAAAGAAGAAGAAGAGAAAGAGGAGAAGAAGAAGGAGGAGGAGUGGGGAGCAGCCCUAGGAGCGGGGGAGCACGGCAGCAGCAGCAGCAGAAUUUAAAAACGUUCCUUGAAUUCUUUGAAGACUGAAAGUGUGAAAGAGCUGCCGAAUUUAGGAAAGGAAGAGAGGAAACUGAUGAGGAUGGAGCUGCAGACUCUACAGGAAGCCCUAAAAGUGGAAAUACAGGUUCACCAGAAACUGGUUGCCCAGAUGAAGCAGGAUCCUCAGAAUGCAGACUUGAAGAAGCAGCUACAUGAACUCCAAGCCAAAAUCACAUCUUUGAGUGAAAAGCAAAAAAUGGUAGUAGAACAACUUCGGAAAAAUCUGAUCAUCAAACAGGAACUCCCCGACAACAAGCUUCUCAUUCAGCCUCUCCUUCAGCUAGAAAGCAAGCCACCAACACCACAAGUGCAGCAACAACCACAGCAAAUACAAUUGCAACAGCUUCAGUCGCAGCCAAUGUCGCAAGCAUCCACUUUAUCUCUUCCAGGCUUCAGUGGGUCACAGACUGUGGCCACCGCUUCUCUGAUCACGGCAAAGACUCUACCUCUUGUGUUGAAAGCUGCAGCGGCAGCCAUGCCCGCUUCUAUAAUUGGACAGAGACCAACCAUUGCCAUGGUGACUGCCAUUAACAGCCAGAAAGCAGUCCUUGGCACUGAUGCGCAGAAUGCAGCUGUCAACUUGCAGACAUCCAACAAAGUCAACAGUCAGGGUGCAGAGACCUUUCAAAUAGUGGCAAAAAAUGCUGUUACUUUGCAAGUUCAAUCUACAACUUCACAGCAUAUCAAAGUCCCUCAGUUCAUCCCACCCCCUCGGCUCACGCCUCGUCCAAAUUUUCUUCCACAGGUGCGGCCAAAGCCAGCAGCACAAAAUAACAUUCCCAUAGCCCCUGCACCGCCCCCCAUGUUGGCAGCUCCUCAACUCAUUCAGAGGCCAGUUAUGUUAACCACAAAAUUAACCCCCACAACACAGAACUCUAUCCAUCCCGUGCGCAUAGUUAAUGGACAGCCUGCGGCCAUCUCCAAAGCCUUUCCAACGGCACAGCUUACUAGCAUUGUGAUAGCAGCACCAGGAACACGGCUUGCUGCCCCCCAGACUGUGCAGCUUCCCAAACCAAAUGUGGAAAAGCAGCAUUUCCUGAUUCUUGAUGGUCAGCGGUUCGCGGGUCCGGGUUGCGGAUUAGGUACUUGCGAGUCGGUUUGCGGAUCCAAGCGGACAGUCAAAGCUCAGGUGGAAACAACAGAAAAGCCAACCGAAAUCAGAACGCCGGUGCCACCCGCCCCCAAGCCAAAACGAGAGGAAAAUCCACAGAAACUUGCCUUCAUGGUGUCACUAGGACUUGUAACGCAUGACCAUUUGGAAGAAAUUCAAAGUAAAAGACAAGAGCGGAAAAGAAGAACAACGGCAAAUCCGGUGUACAGCGGGGCAGUGUUCGAACCAGAGCGCAAGAAAAGUGCCGUGACAUACCUGAACAGCACAAUGCACCCUGGGACGCGGAAGAGAGGUCGUCCUCCUAAAUACAACACGGUGCUGGGUUUGGGCGCCUUGCCACCUACCUCCCCUCCAUCCAGUCAUCCCGACUCCCCUGAAAGCGAAAAGACACAGAUCACAUGUAAUUUAUCUGCAAGUGUCCUGCCUGUGUCCCUGCCCAGUCCUUUUUCCACAGACGCUGACAUCCAUGAGGAUUUUUGCAGCAUCUGCAAAAAGAGCGGACAGUUACUGAUGUGCGACACGUGUUCACGUGUAUACCACCUGGACUGUUUGGAGCCUCCUCUCAAAACCAUUCCCAAGGGCAUGUGGAUAUGUCCCAAAUGCCAUGACCAGAUGAUGAAGAAAGAGGACGCCAUCCCUUGGCCUGGAACCUUAGCUAUUGUCCACUCGUACAUCGCGUACAAAGCAGCUAAAGAGGAGGAGAAGCAGAAACUACUCAAGUGGAGUACAGACCUGAAACAGGAACGAGAACAGCUGGAGCAAAAAAUGAAACAGCUCAGCAGUUCCAUCGCAAAAUGCAUGGAAAUGAAGAGCAGUAUCCUAUCCCGGCAGAAAGAUAUGCACAGCUCACUGGAAAAAGUAAAAAAUCUUAUCCGGCUCAUUCAGGACAUCGACCUCACCGAACCCGUUAAUUCAGAGGUGACCUCUAACCACAGCCAGGACUGCACUGCUACUGCCAACAGCCCCCUCCCUGACCCCGCCUCCUUGUCCUCACCUAGUAGUGCCCAGAACUGCAACCAGGGGGAGGAGCCUAAGUAACACGCCACUCGCAAGCAAAAAGGCGCCAUGAGAAAAGGACUAGCCGCGUCUGAUUGGUUCCUGGGAGAGACUGGACCAUAAUCUCCCCGGGACAAAGACGUAAGCACUGGAGUUUUGCCAAUAAACCUUUUAUUCUGUGUGCUCCACAGGUGAGCUGGGAUGUUCUGCCAGCACCAUGCCAAGUGAGAAAUAGAAACGAAUCUCAAACUUUAAUCUCUAUCUUACACCAGUGUGUGCCUGCAGCAGCCUCCACAACAAUCACACUUUGGCUUCAUUUUUACUUUUCCUUUACCAAGUGCCCCCCUUCUGCAAACCUUGUGUGGAGGUAGCGAGGGGGGGGCGUACAUACCGAGUCCAAAGACUAGUAACAGUCCCAUCAGCAAAACUCCAAGACAUUCAACCAAAAAGAAAAGAUGAAUAUGCUGAAAAGAUAUUUCCGCACCCAGCAGUCUCGGGAAAGGGAGGUUGGACAAGGUCUCCCGACAGUAUUUCAGGUUCAAUGAUUUUCUUUUUUUUUCAGUGUCCUCCAACGCUGGAGUGAGUGUGGGAAAGGGAAAGCUGUGUAAGCAUGCGUGUGUGUUUGUGUUAGUGUGUGUGUGUAAGAGCGUGCGUGUGUUUGUGUAAGUGCAUGUGUGUAAGAGUGUGUUUGUGUAAGCGUGUGCAUGUUU